CUAUCCCCCUCGUUCCUGCCAAUGAUGGCCACGGCGCGCAGAUGAGGCCAGAAUAUCAGCCUACCCGCGCAUCCACACGCUUUACCACAGCCCGCGCCUCAAAAUGAUGCGCCCGCGCGAUCCACGAAUCCGUCAGCGGAUCAAUCAGAUCUCGCAUAACCUAGAGUCCGCCAACGAGUCCGCUCAGGAGGGUCUAUACACAUUCUCCCAGAAUUACCUCUCCCCAUGUCUUAGCAGUAUUGGCAACUGUGUUCAGACCUGCACGGCACCUUGCCUGCCCAGUCGCGAGGACCAAAUGCGGCGUCGUCGACGCGGUCGUGCUGAGGCUAACUUUGACUUCUACGAUGAUUGGGAUAAUGAAGAGGAUGAGGAUGGUAUUCUUGGCUGGGGAACCGGCGAGCUCGAUCGGUUGCUAGCGGGAAGUGGGCUUGCACGUGGUGGUAAUGCAGAGCAGCCGCGACGACAAAGGAAGAUGAGCUACGGGACUCGUCAGACUAGAAGACGGAGCACAGUCCAUAUCCCGGAUAACCGCUCUGAUCCUACGGUCAUACCGAGUUCCUCGCUUAUUGGGUUUCUCGAGCGCUUUCCGUGGCGGUUUGGUGCCAAGGGCGUCAAGUAUCGACCCUCUGCUGCUGAUCUGCAAGAGCACCCGGGUAGUCACCGUCGUCAUACGCAAGAAGACGAGCCAUUGAUGGAGGUCGCGGAAGACGAUGGAGAUUAUGUUUCUUAUCAAAUCAAUAGGAGGGAUCGAAGCGGUACACAGUCAUCACGGGGAACGUCAAACUCCCUCAGCUCCCGGGGUGAUCUCUUCCCGAGUGACGAGGAAGAAGAUGCGGUUCCACUUGACGACGAAUUCGCACUGGUGUUUGGACGGCGAAACACCGGGCUUGAGUCGGAUGAUCAGUCUGGUAAAAAGACCGAGAUGGUUAGAUCGGCCUCUGGCACAUCGAGCCCAGGCGAUGCUUCGUCCAAGAAGUCCAAGCGGAAGAAAAAGAAGCGCUCCUCGACCAAGACCGCCGCGAGCAUGGAUCAGGAUGUCGUUCAGAGCAUUGAAACGCCGUCAAUUGCCGAUCUCAAAAUGGAAGAAGAGCAGGUGGCCCGGGAAGAAGAAUCUAUGGUCCACAAAAAGCGACUCGCAGCGCAAGACUUGGCUUUGAAACGCGGCCUGGAGCCGAGCAGUGCUGACAUGUCUCCCAAAACUUCCAUCCUUGGAAACCAAACAAGCGGGGCCUCUCCAAACAAUAGCCCCAAAUUGGUAGCACGAAACCAACUCCCAGAAGGCCACACCAGGCAAUCCAGUGGCUCUUCCAUUCGCCGAUACUCCGGUGACCAAACCGAGCCAUUCCCACCAUUCCCGCUGCCGGCAUCUUCCAUACUUACUCCGUCCCCCGGUGCCGCUUUGGCUUCCUCUCGACCGACCUCACUGAAUGCCGAUAGCGGCACGGAAAAUGACCCUGGAGACAAUGGCGAAGCACCCCAUUAAUCCCAGCUGUGGUCGAGUUGCGAAGAGCACCUGGCGUGUCUGUGACCCACAGCUGGCGUGUACGAUAUAAUGACUUCUUUUCUGAUGUACCUUAUACCCCCUUAAUGAUGACCCGAAAACCUUCUAUUGAAUGCCAUUAUUAUCUCAAAUGCGUAGUUCAGAUAUAGCA